AUUCGGCUCCCAACUCAGUGUGCUUCAACUAGCGUCCGCAGUAUCAUCUCGAUCUAGUUCUAUCGCCUCAUCCGUGUCACUACGACAUCGAAAAGUGAUUGAUAAACCAUCAGUGCACCAACUUACAUCAGUGACUUGUGAAUUACGGUGCAGAUAUUUUUAGAUAUUAUCACAGUGUUUUAUAGCUGACGAUUAGAUUGAGAUGAUGUGAUUUAGCACAUUCAUUAACUUUGAUAACACAAUAUCGGUGUGUUUUAGCAGUGCUUGAUAGGAGGAUUGUUAUUGUUGUGUGUGACUGAUAUUGAGUAAUUUUUUGUGUGUGUGAGAGAGGAUAUUCUUCAGUAUAGUGAUUGAUUAUUUUGAUACAUAGAUGGAUUAUGAGAUCUUCUUAAAUUAGACUGUAGAGUGUGUACCCAAGUGAUUGAGUGAAGUUGGUUAUUGUUGGACACCCUCCAAAAAUUCAGACAUCAUCCAUGAUGAACUCGUACUUUGAACAGUCGGGCUUCUACGGAGGUCACCAUCACCAGACAGCCGGUGCGGCAACCGGACACCACCACGACCAGACGGCAGCCGCUGCAGCCUACAGGUUCCCGUUGGGGUUGGGGAUGUCACCCUACGCAAGCAGUCAACACCACCACCAUCAUUCACUGCAUCAGUCACGUCCGCCCCAGGACUCCCCGUAUGAUGCUUCCGUGGCUGCAGCCUGCAAGUUAUACUCUAGCUCCAAUGACACCGGGCAACAGAGUAGUAUCAACUACAGCACGUCGAGCAAACCAGAUUGUAAUAAGUCGGAGAGCGCACACCAGAACGGCUACGCAGCCGCGGUUGCCGCAGUGAAAGACGUGUGGCAGUCGGCGACCACAGGAGGAUCCGCUAAUAGCAGCUCGCUAGUCGGCCCCGUGCGUCCCGCAGCUUGCACGCCGGAUUCCCGCUACGCUUCGUCCGUCGGUCUGGUCGGUGGCGACCCUGCAUCCUCGCCCGGAGCGACCGGCGGCGGACGGACGUCUUCGGCGUCCUCGUGGAACACAUGCUCGCUGGGAUCUUCCGCUUCGCAGCCGACUGUUGCUACUCAGCUGCAUCAGCAACCUUCCAACCACACAUUCUACCCCUGGAUGGCCAUAGCAGGAGCAAAUGGCAUGCGCAGAAGAGGCCGACAGACGUACACGCGAUACCAAACGCUGGAGCUUGAGAAGGAGUUCCACACCAACCACUACCUGACGAGGAGACGGAGAAUCGAGAUGGCGCACGCUCUCUGUCUCACCGAGCGUCAGAUCAAGAUCUGGUUCCAGAACAGGCGAAUGAAGCUGAAGAAGGAGAUCCAGGCGAUCAAAGAGCUCAACGAACAGGAAAAACAGGCGCAGGCAGCCAAAGCUGCAGCCCUGGCAGCCAGCCAAGCGCAGCAACAGGCGGACCACUAGGUGGACAGCUAGGUGCUCCACCAGGCGCACGGCGAGGUGGACCCAAAGACUCAUAGCAGACAUGCCACAGACCCACUUUUCCGUUCAAUUGUGAUGAUCAUACUAUAUACAUACUAUCCGGUGUCAAAUAGUGCGCGAGUGUGUGUUGUUUUUUAUAUAAAUAUAUUUUGGCCGCCAUGUUGGAUUUAUGCUGCCAACCAGUUGGCGCAGUCAACACCAAAGUCAACGACUGUCAAAGGUAUGGCACACUGCUAUCUCUCUCUCUCUCGUUCUAACUUCAAUCAUUAUCUCUGUGUCUCAUCACGCUUUGUUGUUAGAGCAUCCCCCUUCCCCUCAUCUACCCCACCCUCGCUGAUUUGGAUGUUCAUUUUGAAAAUAAGAAAUUGGAAAAAUCGUUCUCACAAGUUAAAGUGUAUUUUCGUUCUGAAUUCUAUUUUCAGUUACAUUGUAUAGACCUAAAAAAAAAAUUUUUUUUUUUUUCAGGUUGCUCUUGAUAUUGAUGUUAAAUUCUUCCUUAUUAUCGUAAUAGAAGAAGGAAUACAAUGAUUCAAUGAUUUUAAUUGAGCCAGAGUGCAUUAGUACAUAAGCCAGGUAACAUACAAAAUCACUAUAAAUAAAAUACAAUUAUACAGAAUACAAUGUAGAGACAAUACAGAAGUCAAACACAAUAUCCAAAACAUUAAAAUCUAUACAUCAACAAACUAUGUGUCUAAUAUAUCAAAUGUCUAUAUUCGUCCUAUUAGAUACAAAUCAAAUUCUUCCUAGAAGAGUUGAAUUAUUCUGAUUCUGCUCUAUAUUAGGAAAAAUCUGCAUUUAUUCAGGCUGAAUGGGACCUUCUCGUCAGGAACUCCACACCAACCAUAAGCCUUACAAAUGUACUUUUUACUGUCUGAUGAGUCACAGUAGCAUAUUAUACCGUUCCCACUCUUUACAGUUCAAAUGCUUUAAUAUUAUAGUUUUGAUAUUCAUGAUACUUUCAAGUAGCUUUAAUUAGUUCUACCGAUGGGUAGAAUCAUUAGUUUGAAACAAACUCACCGUGUGAGAGCUGGUUCUCAAUAUGAACUGUCUGCCAAAUUCAUAUAAUUAUUGAGCAAUGCCCAGUAAUGUAUUAGAAACUCACAAUGGGAAUCCUGAAUCAAUGACAAUCAGAGAUGAACCAUAUUCUGUAUUACGCUCUAACUUUGAAGGUUCACAGAACGCAUUAUUUUAAGCUUCGAAUGUGGAACGAAUAGUAGAACCAGGUGGAUAAUGAAAAAUCCAUGUC